AUGCUCCGUGGAGAGCUCUACUGGGCCUGGGAUGAGGACCUACAAGCGAACCGCACGCGCUGCAAGCAGGCUUGUGAUGAGUUCAACGCUGCAGGAAAUGCAUCAAGACGAGAAAAAGUCAAGCUCUGGAGAAACAUCGUUUGUGACACUCGUCCCAUGCCAGCCGUGGACUCGGAUUCCAAGGCGGACGAAGCGCUUUUUGAAGACACAGAUCCCUUUGUGGACGGCCCCAUCUCUGUGGACCAUGGACUGAAUUUCAAAGUUGGAAAGGGCACUUUUUUGAACUUCAAUCUACUUGUCCUCGAUACUUGCCUGGUUACCAUUGGAGAGAAUGUCUUGUUUGGGCCUAACGUUUGUAUCUAUGGUGCUACUCACCCGAUGGAUCCGGCUGUUCGACGAGGCUUGAAAGGCCCGGAAGGUGGGAAGGAAGUGCAUAUCGAGGACGAUGUGUGGAUCGGGGGCAGUGUUCUCGUUCUAGCAGGCGUACGAAUUGGGAAGGGAAGCACAGUUGGAGCUGGCUCUGUGGUAACGAAGGAUGUCCCUCCUUUCCAUUUCGCUGCGGGUAAUCCUGCCAGGGUUAUUCGUCGCAUCGAGACUAGCAUGGACCCUGAGCAACAAUAA